CAUUUAUUGUUCAUAAACGCUGUGUCGUUUCGUGUGAUAACAUAAUUACUUUAAUAAUAUAAAUAAAUUGGUACCUUUAAGUGAAUUUCAGUGAAUAUUAAUUUCAUUGUUUUAAUUUAAAAAAAAAAUGAAUUUAUGCAGUAUACGCUUUCAUUUACAAUAUGUUAUAGUCCCCCUGUCGUUGUUUGUUACGACUGUAUUGACGAACUGCGAGCUAGUGGAUAUCGUUUCGAAUUGUCAGUACACUAUUGUAUGUCAUCAUCACGCCGGCCGUGCGUCCGUACCUCUAUGCCGGGGCGAACAAAAUAUCACCUUCGUUGUAACCGGCGCAAAUACUCCUCUGGUGAAUUUAAACUACUUCGGAGCUACUAACUUCGAUGAGAGACUACGCUAUUUUAAGGUUACCAACAGUACGUGGAGCGUUUUGUUCACGAAUGCUUUCAAAUACUUCUUGAACGUAUUCCACGUGGACUUCGCCGGGAAUAAUAUAAAAGAAAUCAAGUCUGAUGCCUUUGCCAAUCUACCUAGACUAAGGUACCUUAAUUUAUCAUCGAACUGUAUAUCCGUGAUAGAGAACAGAGGCUUUAAAGUAUCGGACGCGGGGAAUGUUCUGGAAACGUUAGAUUUAUCGAAUAAUAGUCUAACUAAUUUGUAUGAGCACAUAUUCUAUCCAUUGAUCAAUUUGAAGUAUUUAUAUUUACAGAGCAAUUUGAUACAUUUUAUCGAUGACAGCGCCUUUUUGUAUACAAAAAACGUUGUGAUUUUGCAUUUGGAAAAUAAUCUAAUUAGUUCACUUAACAUGACUCUCAUACAUUUAAAGGCGCUGACUGACCUGGAUUUGUCACAUAAUGUUAUGACUCAUCUGAGCGGCUUCGAAAUUAACAGACUGAAUUCUUUGGUAAAUUUAAACUUAUCUCAUAACGAAUUGAGUACACUAGACUAUGACUGUUUCAGUAACGAAUAUAACAUAAAGAUAAUCGAUUUAAGUCAUAACAAAAUAAGGUCCACAAUCGAAAACACCAUGUUCACGAACAACAAAAGGCUUGUGUUCUUAAAUCUGUACAAUAACUACAUUUCUACAAUUCAAGAUAAUACGUUUGCGAAUAGCUCGCUUGUGUACUUGAAUUUGGAGAAAAAUAAUAUUACCGGUGAGAUUGGUCAGAACAUGUUCACUGGCUUACAAAACAUCAUUACGAAAUCUCUAGAUUUAUCCAGACAGAACAUAACUGCUAUCAAGAAAUAUUCAUUUUCAAAGAUGUAUUCACUGUUUUCUGUAAACGUGAGUCAUAACAGAAUUAGUUUAGUUGAACAAAAGAGUUUUGGGAAUGCGUUGAAUGUUCUAGAUUUAUCUUAUAACAACAUAUCUAGCUUAGAUUUUCUCAACGACAGCCUGUCCAACUUAACUGAGCUAUAUCUGAAAAAUAAUAGCAUCAGCAUUGUUAAAAAGAAUGCUUUCCAAAACCAAAUAACGCUUAUAACUUUAGAUUUGUCCGACAACAAAAUUAUACAAAUAGAACAAUAUUCUUUACCGUUGAAAAAAAUUCAGUACUUAUUACUGUCGGGAAAUUUCAUUGGUGGCGUCAUAAAAAAUAAUACUUUUAGUGGAGCUAAGUAUUUAAGAUUUUUGAAUUUAAGCAAUUUUAACAUAACCACAGUAGACGAUAUGGCUUUUGUUGAUCUCCCCGUUCUAGCAAGAUUGAACUUAUCUCACAAUCAGAUUGACAGUUUCAAGCCAAAUAAUUUUCAGGGCAUGGAAAAUUUGUAUAGUUUGGAUAUAUCUAGCAACUGUCUCAAUACCCUAGUAUUAAAUGGCACUAAAUUGACAAAUUUAUUAGCGUUCUUUUUGAACAACAACAAUCUCACGAAUAUCUCCGAAAUAUUCCCCGGUAAUUCUGGACGAUCGGUUCACUAUUUAGAUAUGUCUUUUAACAAUAUUUCCGACUUGACCGGGGUGAAUAAUGAAAAAUUUCCAAACAUAUCAGUAUUACGUCUCGCACACAAUCAAUUAGUUGCAUUUAAUAACGAGUAUACGAAUUCACUGACAACAUUGGUCGAUUUAGAUUUGAGUUCGAACAGAUUGACAAACGUGUUACUGACGUAUUUCAAAGCGCUUCUAAACGUCAACUUGAGCGAUAAUAACCUAACUUCAAUAGAUAGUGCAAUGUUCCAGAAUUCGGAAUAUUUAAAGGCAAUUGAUUUGAGUAACAAUAAAAUAUCGACGGUGAAGCCUGGCACGUUUCAGAGCAUGAAGAACUUGAAACUGCUUAAUCUAUCAUCGAACUAUUUAACCGAAUUGCGCUAUGGUAGUCUCAAAGGACUCCAUAAAACAGAAUUGUUGGAUUUAUCAAGGAACAUGAUUAGAAACCUGAGCGUUGAUGUAUUUCAUGAAUGUCUCAAGUUGGAGUCUCUCAUUCUAGACUAUAACCAAAUAAAGACUUUUAAUGUCCAAGAAUUAUUGGAAAAUUAUUUGUUGAAUUUAAAAACUUUGAGUUUGGGUGGAAAUCCUAUUUCGUGCCGAGAGGUGAACCUAAAUGUAUAUGCCGGCAGGAAUAAACGGGUCGAGGUAACAUCCUUAGAUAAGAUUUAUCACGAGGAUAAUGUGCACGGCAUUUUGUGCGGUGAUUAUUUGUUGUCAACAACUGUUGGCACUACUGUUGUUACGGUCCAGCAGACAACAGAAUCGUUAUCGUCAACAUCCUCGAUAGUUUUGAUAUGGUGCUGCAUUUUAACCACUUUGUUAGUGCUGGUAGUUGUUUUCCUCUUUAUAAAGAGAAAAAAAGUAUAUUCGGUAAAUUUAAAUAGAUUUAUAAACCCAAUUAAUAUAAAUGAAUCUGAAUUGGAAAUGAACGGUUCUGAAUAUCAGAGUGACAAUUAAAAUUAAGUAAUUGCAACUAUUAAAUAACAUAUAAGAGAACAUAUAACAGAACAUAGCUGAUAAUGGCUCAACGAAAACUGGUCUAGAUUUAUUAUUUUUGUGUUUGUCAAAUAACAGUUAAAUCCUUAAUAUGUAUUUAUAUUAUCUAUGUUAUUAUCUAUAUGUUAUUAUAUUAUUUAUAUCUACAUUAUCUAUUAUGUUAUUAUCUAUUUACCUACAAUUGCAAGUGUUUUACUAUAUUUGUUUAAAAAAAUUCUGUUCCUUUUAACGGGUAGUUCUUUAAGUUUCAAUCGAAGAAUUCGUGAAUAAUUCAAACAGUGUAUCGAUAUACGACCAAGGAACUACAACAACACGAUGCGUAUUUUUUGAACUUGGUAAUUACUUUUAUUUCGACAGAACAUUUUUUGGGUAGUUAGUUUGAUGGUUAAUGUUUUUAAAAACAAUAAAAAUAUUUACCUGAAUUAAUACGAGACCCGAUAAUGGGCUCUAUGGUUGCUAUGGUAGCUUAUGUUAGUGAUGAUAUUGCUGUAUUUGGCCAAAUAUAUAACAAAAGUGCUAUAUCAAAGGAAUCGACAAAAACAUCGUAAUAGUCCGUAAGAUAUUGUGUAAAUUGUGUGAUAAUAGAAAGAGACGGUAUUCUCUUUGAAAAAAAAAAACAAUUUACAGAUUCUUCUACUCAAUAUAUUCUUCUUCUUCUCAGUCGUGUCACUCUUGACAGAGUGGUCGUGAUCGUCAUGUAGUGUUUGAAGGGGCAGACUUGAUGCGUCUCACGAUGUCGCGCCAUCUCUCCCUGCUCGAGGCCAUUCUACUGCAAUCAUUUAGGGGACCUCCCACUGCAGUUUUAAUUUGGUCGGUCCACCGCAUUGGUGGCCUCCCGCGCGGUCUUUUACCAUCAACGCUUCCCUGUACUAAUUAUUUUGGGUGAAUUGCCUUUAUAGAAAAUUUUACGUUAAGCUAAAUGCUAGCUAAAAUAAAUUAAUAAUAUGAAGUUGGAUUUAAAAUGCGCUUAAGGCAAUAUUUUCUUCGGUUUCCGCCAGUCAUAGACGUAAUUAAAAUUUAUUUAGAUUGUUUUAUUUUGCGUUUUUUUACUAUCUUAAUUUUCGUUUGCACAAUAUUCAGAUAUCGACGAAUAACGCCUUAGUUAACAACGUCCGUGACCACGAAAAGUAUAAUAAUAUGAAGUAUCUAAAAGGUUGUUAAUAAUAAUAAUAUAUAAUAAAUAAAAUUAAAAGUACCUUUUUUUUUUUUUUUAUUGCUUUGAUGUGUCGACGAGCUCACAGCCCACCUGGUGUUAAGUGGUUACUGGAGCCCAUAGACAUCUACAACGUAAAUGCGCCACACACCUUGAGAUAUAGUUCUAAGUUCUCAGUAUAGUCACAACGGCUGCCCCACCCUUCAAACCGAAACGCAUUACUGCUUCACGGCAGAAAUAGGCGGGGCGGUGGUACCUACCCGUGCGGACUCACAAGAGGUCCUACCACCAGUAAUAUUAAUUAUGUUUAAAGUAAUGUUUUUAAAUUGUAUUUCGAUUAAGACUUUGUCAAUUCUCUUUGUUCUCUGGUAAAAAAAUACAUACUAUGUAUAUAUUAUAUCUGUAGCAUUACUAGUUCGUACUGAUAUAUAAUUUAAGCACGCGUUAUUUGUAACAUCCACUUUUUGAUUGAUUGAUGUCAGAGCAAGUGUUUAUUGAAAAUAAAUAAUUGUUUAAUGGAUUAAUUAGUUGUUAGUUAUGAUAUUUUCUCAUUAUGUACGUUAUUGCGUUCCGUUAAUAUGUUGUGCGUCUUUUAAGGUUUUGUAUGUAAAAUUUAUUUCACGAUUUAUUAUUAUUAUUAUUAUUUUUUUUUAAACAAAAAUUUAGUUGUUAAUAAUAAUAAAUAUUAUGCUUUGG